UUUUUUUUUUUUUUUUUUUUUUAUGAAAAAUUGAAAUCCGAAUUAUUCUCUGAGUGUUGUUUAUUGGAGAGAAAAAAAAAUCUAACAAUGGCUAAAGUACAGGUGGCAAAUGUUGCUGUACUCGAUAAUCCAUCACCAUUUUUCAAUCCUAUACAAUUUGAAAUUACUUUCGAAUGCAUCGAGGAGCUCAAAGAAGAUUUGGAAUGGAAAAUGAUUUAUGUAGGUUGUGCCGAAUCAGAAGAGUUCGACCAAGUUCUUGACACAAUCUACGUUGGACCAAUACCCGAAGGAAGACACAUGUUUGUAUUUCAAGCAGAUCCACCAGAUACAAGUAGAAUUCCUGUGAACGAUGCUUUAGGUGUUACAGUAGUCUUAUUAACUUGUUCUUAUCGUAGUCAAGAAUUUGUGAGGGUGGGAUAUUUUAUAAACAAUGAGUAUACCGAUCCUGAAUUAAGGGAAAAUCCACCUCCACAACCUCAAUUUGAUAAAGUACAAAGGAACAUUUUGGCUGACAAACCACGUGUUACUAGAUUUAAGAUAAAUUGGGAUGACAGUUCGAGCUCCCCAACGAAUACUAUGGCUGAAGGUAUGAAUGCACAGAAUGCAGUGGAAGAAACAACACAAGAUGUUCCUUCAACUUCACUGAGUUUUACGGAAAAUACACAAAAUAGUAUGGAAGUGAUGUAAAUCUUUUAUGUUUAAUAUUUUCGUUCUCGUUUUAAACAAUCGCAAAAUUUUUAAAUCAAUAUGUGCUAUAUUUUGUAAAUGAACAAAGAACAACACCUUAGUAGCGGCAAACAUGGAUUUAAUUCAAAGUUAAAAUUAUGAUAUUUGCUAAUUGAUUAUUGCUGCUGCUUUUCCUACUUCAUAAUUAUUUUGCGUUUUAUUUAUGAAUUCCAUGUGUACAAAUGACUCGACUAUCAAGUCUUUAAGUUAAUUGGAACUGAGUUAGAAAAAAGGGUUAUAUACUUUAAAACUUCGAUAAUGAUAAUCAAUAUUUAAUUAAUUUUAAAUAAUCUCAGACAUUAUUUCUAUUUAGGUGUGUAAUAUGCAAAUGUUUCAUUUAGUUGUUUCAAUAUAAAGUUAUAAUAUCCCAAUGGAGAAGUAAUUUAAAUAAAAAGAACCUUUUUUUUUCUACAUUUUGUACUCAGUACUGCCUAAUAUUAAGUGUAAUUUUAUUGGAUUUUUUUUCUCUCAUAAUUUAAAUUUAAAUAUCAUGUAACAC